AUGAAGUUCUCCGACGUCCUCACUCUCUCCGUUGCCUUUGCUACCGCUGCGAGCGCCAGCCCUAUGCGCCGUACCGAGGAGGUUGACAUCACCUUCAUCGGCGCUGCUGAUGCCCAAUUCUCUCAGAGCUUCCCCCUCGAUGGGUCUGAGGUAUCUAUCACCAACCCUCUGAGCAUCUCACACAUCUCCUCCAGCACCGAUGGCAUCUAUUGCACUUUCAACGGUGUUGACAACAGUGUCACAAGCGUCAGUGGAGCCGCAACCGUCGACGUUGGGCCCCCUCAGACCCAGGUCUCUGGCACCUGCUCGAAGCUGUGGCGUCGUGACACCCCUCAGGUCGCAGUCAGCUUCAUCGGUGCUGCUGAUGCCAAGUUUGGGCAGAGCUUCCCUCUUGAUGGCUCGGCUGUGCAAAUCACUAAUCCUCUGAGCAUCUCCCAUAUCGAGAUCGAUGGUUCUGGUGCUUCUUGCACUUUCAGGGGAGUUGACCAGAGUGUCACCACCGUCACUGGACCCGCCACCGUUGACGUCGGUCCUCCCCAGACUCAGAUCCAGGGCACAUGCUGGGCCGUCUAA